AUGGGAUGCAAAGCCAGAAUAAAAUUACACGAUGAUGGAAGCAUUUUGAAUUCUCUUCUGACACAUGAUCAUGAUCCACCAAAGGUUCACGUCACUAGUUCUGACUCAACAGAAUUUAUUCCGAGCAACCGCCACAGCGGACGUGGAAUGGGUACGAUACUUGUGUACAGAGGCUUUACUUUCUCCAGAAUGAAGACCAAUACGAGGUGGUACUGCUCAAAAACAGCCUUCGGGUGCAAAAUGAGACUUCGAACUACUCCCGAGGGGCAAGUCAUAGAAUCACAGAACGAGCACAAUCACGAUCCUCCUAAUUUGUUUCGAUGCGUUGAUGGGAAGUUACAUAGAUGUUAA